AUGUCACUUGAGCUGCCUGCAACGCGGGUUCUCAUCUCGGGAAAUGGGGGUGAGAAUCUCUGCGCCGCCCGCGUCACAGGGCCGCUGAGGAUUCGAAACUGUAACGAGCGUGCGCCCCGACUCCCGGCCGUCGGCAAGAGAGGAAGCCGUGGGGCCCAAAGGCCAGUCGUGGGGCCCAGGGCCGGCGAGCUCGCAGGCCCCCUAGUCCUACGGCGCGGAGCCGCCCCGCCCAGCCCCGGGCGGCUGAGCCCGUGCCGAGGCCGGAGGCCCGAGGCCCAAGGCCCGCACCGCCUGAAUGGAUGGGCGACUGCCGGGCUUCCUCGCAGACGAAGAGCAAGGGCGGAGGAGGGGGGGCGGCGCUCCACGCCCCUACGGCCAUCUCCGUCCGACGAGCCCGGCCGAGCUGAUUCGGCGUGGCCCAGCGCGGCGGCGCAGGCCCCGCAGCCUCUGAAGCCACCCCGCGCCCCGCUCGGCCCCUCUCCCCAGCGCCGCCCGGCCACGAGGCCCGCGCGCGGGAGCCGGCAGCUCGCCGGCCGGGGCGCCCGCCCCACUCCCGUUAGGCACACAGCCCAUUGGGCAGGACGCCGAGUCACCUCGCCCCUGAUUGGUAGGAGCGACGUCCGUCACCCCGGCGGCGGGGCUAUUCGGCGCCGGGCUCAGCUCGAGCCGCUGACUCCUGCGCGGGAGAACAGUUCCCCUCCGGGAUCCCUGGAGUCAGCCUACCUGCGGCCGGCUUCAGAUCCUCCCGUCAGCGACAGAGCUGGGCCGGCGACGCGCGCGGAGCCCCGGACAGCCAGUGAACAACCCCGACCGCAUGCGCCCGGCAGUCUUUCACGGAGGCGGGCUCUAGGCUCUGGUGAUCUUGCUUCCCAUUUCACGAGAAAAUAGAAGCCAUCAGGAGAUUUUUCAUAUCCACCAACCACUUAUCUGUGUACACAAGCUCUGCGUUGUCUCCUGUUACUGUGGACAAACUGCCCACACUCCCAGAGGUCAACCUCCUCUUUGCUCCAAGUGCCAUAUCCAUUUGUCAACUCAAAGAAUGUCUAGUAUGCAAGUGCCAUAUCCUUUCAUCAACUCAAGAAUGUCUAGUAGAAUGUCCCUUCCUGCGUCAGCAGUCUUCCCCUCUCUAGCAGAUCUUUUCCACUAGUGUGAUGCAAACAUGCUGCAAUUUGUUCCAUCUUAAAACCCCUUUCCUGACUCUAUGCCAUUCUCUAGCUCCCCCUCCGUUUCUGUUUCACUUUUCAGCACAACUCCUAAAAACUGUUUGUACUUGCUGUCUCCAAUUUCUUCCCUCUCUUGAACUCAUUCCAAUCAGGAUAUUUUGCUCAUAUAAUUUCACUGAAACUGCUCUCGUCAAAAAUUAACUUCCAUGUUCUCAGACCUCUUCUUUGUACAUCAGCCUAGACUCCAAUCUCCAAUGUCCGUAAGUCCCAAAUAAAGACAACAGUGGGCCGGGCGCGGUGGCUUAUGCCUGUAAUCCCAGCACUUUGGGAGCCCAAGGUGGGUGGAUCACAAGGUCAGGAGUUCGAGACCAGUCUCACCAAUAUGGUGAAACCCCGUCUCUACUAAAAAUACAAAACUUAGCCAGACGUGGUGGCGGGCACCUGUAGUCCCAGCUACUCAGGAGGCUGAGGCAGGAGAAUCGCUUGAACCCAGGAGUCAGAGGUUGCCGUGAGCCAAGAUCACGCCACUGCACUUCAGCCUGGGCGACAAGAGCGAGACUCCGUCUCAAAAAAAAAAAAAAAAAAAAAAAAGACAACAGUGUGGCUGUAUGUGCAUGGCAGGAAUGCAUAUGUGUGUGUGCAUGUGCGCAUGUGUAUGUAUUUACAUAUUUGGGCUGCUUCUCUCCCCCACCAUAGGCCCAGUCUCCUUGUAGGCUCCUGGGUGCAGCUAUACAGCCCCAGAGCUGCCCCCAAACUGACCACUUCCCUAAGAGCAUUUGUCACAGCUGAUCAUUUCCUCCUUAAAACAUGCGUGUCCUUUACUUGGCUUCUAGGAAACCACUUGCUGUUCAUUUUUUCCUAUUUCACAGGUUUCUCCUUCUAGGUCUCCCUACCUAGAUCCUCUUCAUUUUCCUCUAUCCUGAACUAUAAACAUUGCCCCAAGCCUCAGUUCUAGGAUCCCUUCUCUCUACAGUCAUUAUCUAGUCAUUAAAACCAUCUGGCCCAGACACAGUGGCUCACGUCUGUAAUCUCAGCACUUUGGGAGGCCGAGGUGGGGGGAUCACAAUGUCAGGAGUUCAAGACCAGCCUGGCCAAUAUGGUGAAACCCCAUCUACUAAAAAUACAAAAAUUAGCCAGGCUUGGUGGCGCAGGUCUGUAAUCCCAGCUACUCGGGAGGCUGAGGCAGGAGAAUCACUUGAACCCUGGAGGCGGAGGUUGCAGUGAGCCGAGAUUGCGCCAUUGCACUCCAGCCUGGGCAACAGAACAAGACUCUGUCUAAAAAAAAAAAAAAAAAAAACCAUCCUUAUUCUGACUACUCCCAAAUUUAUGUUCCCAGGCUGGACAUGUCCUGAAUCCCAAGUUCUCUUCCAAGCCCAGGUCCUGAGGUGAGCCAGGUGCCUCGCCUACACAUGGGCCAACUCUAGAUCCCAUUGGUGUUCUAGAGCUCCCCUUGGGAUCAGGCUGAGGCAAACUUCCUGAAAAGAACCAGUCUGUAUUUUAGGCUUUGUGGGCCAUAUGGUCUCUUGCAAUCACUCAACUCUGUCUUCAUAGUGCAAAAGUAGCCAUAGAUAAUAUAUCGAUUAAAUGAAUGUGACUUAUUUCAGUAGAACUAUAGCUGUA